UAGGUGUGGUGAAGAUAUAAAAGUGUGGCAGGCUGGCUUAUCUUUGUACAGGUCUGCCCUGAUCAGCUGUAUAAACAACGUGAUCCUGACAUCUGUGAUCCUUACAUCGGUUCAACGCAGAUACAAUGUCUGACAGCUCCAAAACACCACAGAAGAAAUUGAAGAUGGACGAUAGCAAGGUGUUUAAUGAUCCCAUCCACGGGACGGUGAUAUUACACCCACUUCUUAUCAAAAUCAUCGACACACCUCAGUUCCAGAGACUGCGAAACAUCAAGCAGCUUGGAGGGGCCUACUUUGUUUACCCUGGAGCCUCCCACAACCGCUUUGAACACUCCAUUGGGGUGGCGCACUUGGCAGGUCAACUUGUGGAAGCUCUGCGUGCAAGGCAGCCGGAACUCAACAUCAAUGACAGAGACGUCCUUUGUGUGAAGAUUGCUGGUCUCUGCCAUGACCUGGGACAUGGGCCCUUUUCCCAUCUGUAUGAUCAAAUGUUCAUACCCAAAGUACCACAUCCACCAGGUCUACUAGGUGAAAAAAUGGCAAAGUGGAAGCACGAAGAAGCCUCUGUGGAGAUGUUCAAUCAUCUGGUGAAAUCGAAUGAUCUGAAGCUGGAUGAGCUGAAGCUGCCCAAGGACAUGGAUUUCAUCAGAGAGAUGAUUAAUGGACCAAAAGACCCUAAGGGAGGAAAGAAGAAACCUCUGGCAGUUGAGUGGCCAUAUAAGGGUCGGACAAAGGAAAAAUCCUUCCUCUAUGAAAUCGUGGCCAACAAAUGGAACGGCAUUGAUGUGGACAAGUUUGACUACUUUGCCAGGGACUGCCACCACCUGGGCAUGAAGAACAACUUUGACCAUCUCCGCUUCAUUCAGUUUGUCAGAGUGUGUGAGGUGGAAGGGCUGAAACACAUCUGCAGUAGAGACAAGGAGGUGAACAAUCUGUAUGACAUGUUCUACACCAGGAACUGUCUCCACAGAAGAGCCUACCAGCACAGAGUGAACAAGAUCAUAGAGUAUAUGACCGCAGAGGCCUUUUUAAAAGCAGACAAGCACAUCCAGAUUGAAGGCUCACAAGGCCAGCUGUACACUCUCUCUACAGCCAUAGGUGACAUGGAGGCCUACACCAAGCUGACAGAUCAUGUGUUUGAACAAAUCCUCAACUCUUCCUCCGUGGAGCUGGCUGAGGCAAAGAAGAUUCUAGAAAGGAUCCUCUCUCGAGACCACUACAGGUUUCUGGGUGAAACCAAGCCUCCACAAGUCCCCACCGAGGAGAGCCAACUUCAGUGGCAAAAGGAAUUGGUCCCUCAGGGAGGCGAUGGGGGUGUCAAGCUGACACAAGAGGACAUUGUAGUCUUAGUUGCUACUUUUGACUAUGGAAAGAAAAAAGAGGACCCCAUCAAUAAUGUGUUUUUCUACAGCAAGAGAAACCCUGACACAGCAUUCAAAAUCACCAAAGACCAGGUGUCCAAGCUUCUCCCAGAAUGCUUUUCUGAGCAGCUGAUCCGUGGUUACAUUAAGAAGACAGAUGAGCAGAGUGUGGAGGCUGCCAGGAAGCACUUCUCCAACUUGUAUAAAUAAAAAGGCUUCCCAGAACCUCAGAAUGGAGACACUGCAACACCAUAAGUCAUUCCUGGGGGAAAUAUCCAGAACACUCCACCAGACGUUUUGGAACAUGGAGAAUAAAAAGUGAAAAAGAAAUCAAAAACUCCCUUAUUACUUAUAAACUUAUUGUCUAAUAAUGAUUGAUUCUGUAAGGUGAGUAUUAGCACAGUGUAGUACUAGACACUGUUUCUCCCAAAAACAAAUGAGUACCAGGAUAAAUUACUGCAUGUUUGGGUCAUAUACUCAGUUUGUUUAGAGCCCUGUUCAACACAUAUCUUUGUUUGAUUAUUAAACACACUUUAAAUGUCAUGUUAUGAAACUGAAGCAUGUUGUAGGGGACCGGUGUAUUCAGCUAUCAGGAAUAUUUAGGCUUCUGUGUUUAUUCUGUGUGUAUUCCUUAUAAUCAGGACACGCUGUAAAACACUACCCACAUGGAGUGGAGUUAAAGUGAAUAUUUAAAUUGUGGUUUAGUGAUUUUUAAAUAUUAAGGUGUUUGGGGUUUCUGUUAAUGUGUGUGCAUUGAUGUGAUAAUCUGAUGAUAUAUUAUAUAAGGGAAGCUUUGACUUGGGAAGCAAUUUGUAUUGCAUCCAUCAAAUGAAAUAAGAAUUAUGAUUACUAUUACCAUUGUGAUUACAGUGUACUCUAGCCCAGGGGUGUCAAACUCAUUUAGUUCAUUUAAUUUGAUCUCAAGUUAUUGGGGGGGGGCUAGUAAACGACUCCAGGAAGAUCAGCAACUGUAUCUGCCACAGAGUUUCUUGUCAGCUUGAUGUUGGCAAACGCAAGUAGGAAAAUAGUAGAAAAAUAAUAACGUUACGGACCCGUGAGAGAGGAGUAACAUUCUGAGAAAAAACUCAGAAUUUCUAAGAUUAAAUUUGUGCAUUUACAGAAAAAGAACUCAGAUAUUCUUUGAUAUUAAAGUGGUGAAUUUGUAAAUUUGAAAACUUCUCUGCAAUUCUGCUCUAGCCUAUAUCACUGUUUACCAUGUAGCUCAAACUGCUAUCUUCAUUGUAACCAUCUGAGUGUGAUUAAGAUAACAUUUUUAAUAUUGUUUUGUUUUGCUCAUAAAGUGAAAAUGUAUUAGAUUAUUAAAAAAAAUAUAUUUGGGCUGUAAAGGGAAACCUAUCAAAGAGAUUAUAGCCUUUUAACUGUAU